CUGUACCUUUGCAAGGACGAAGAAGGGAAGUAGAAGACGACAUAGUUCUUGUUUCAUGGGGCGAACCUGUGAUACUACCUCGUUGUCCUCAACUUGGCAUUUCUCGGCAAUCAUGCAAGAUCUUCCUCGUGGACAUCGGAUUUCUCGGCUAGGACCUUCUUUGCAGAGGCAUUCGGACUAUAUUCUUGCUGGACAAGGGUCCGGCGAUUCAAUAGUGUAAGAAAACUCUGUGAAAGUCGAGAGGACGAAGUGCGUCAAUGAUGGUGGACCUGUGUUAGCUUUGGAUAGUUGAAUGCGAUGUAAUCAUGCAUACGACCGACCGAUUGAGCAAGUCAGCGUCGAACAUCACGAGUAUAUAAACCUGCUUCCGAAUCAGCAUCCUGGAGUAGAAUACGCACCACCUCAGCAAUUCUCUUUCUGUUCCAGACACUUAGUCACCUGUUCCAUCAUAAUGCCUGCUCUUCACAACGCCCUUCUACUUACCCUGGCAGCCGCUGCCAGUGCAGCUCCAGCACCUCUGAUAGCACGUCAGCAAGCACCCAUCAAUACCACAUCCGAAGCUUGGGAUACUGGCGCCGUGACAGAAUUCCCCAUCCACUCAAGCUGCAACGCAACUCAGGCUCGCCAGAUUGCAACCGGUCUCAACGAGACAAUUGAACUGGCAGAGCAUGCCAAAGACCAUAUUCUGCGAUGGGGCAACGAGUCCGAAAUCUAUCAGAAAUAUUUCGGUGACCGCCCACCGUAUGAGGCUAUUGGCGCCUAUGAGAUCAUCGUCAACGGAGACAAGAAGAAAAUGCUCUUCCGCUGCGAUAACCCCGAUGGAAACUGCGCUUUGGAAGGCUGGGGAGGUCACUGGCGCGGUGAAAACGCGACUGAUGAGACCGUCAUCUGCGACUUGAGUUAUGAGACUCGUCGCUCGCUCACGCAGAUGUGUGCUCUUGGAUACAACGUAGCUGAUUCGCCCACAAACACAUUCUGGGCUUCGGAUUUGAUGCAUCGCCUCUACCACAUCCCAGCAAUUGGAGGAGAUUACAUCGGCCACUUUGCCGACGAUUACCAUGAGGUCCUAGAACUUGCCGAGGGAAACAACACGGACUCGACCCAUGACAGUGAUACUUUGCAGUAUUUUGCACUUGAGGCAUAUGCCUAUGAUAUUGCUGUUCCCGGAGAAGGAUGUCCAGGCGAGCACAGUGAGCAUGACCACUCAAGCGAUGCAUCGGCAACUGCUUCUUCUGUCGGUACCAGCGCAACGGCUGCUCCGGCGCCAGCCUCAACGACAGGGUCGCCAACCGUGUCUCAAGCCCCUUCGACGGCCAGUCUGCCUGCGAAUUGCCACACUCACGAAGGUGGAGAUGUUCACUGCACAUAAUUGUCAGCCAAAAACAACCCUCCGAAAAGAAGUCCGUCGAAAAUAGUCCAUAGACCUAGUUAGUCAUAGUCGAGAGCAAGAGGUGCCUUGCUGCUACCCCGCCACAACGGCCAGUGCUGCCUUAAUGCAUCCCCAUUCACACAUAUGAUAUUGGCAAGAACAAGAAGUCAUUUCUGCCUGGCCGAAGCGCCUCUUUUAUUCGCGAUUGCCAAACAAUGAGAGAGGUAGUACUAGACAAAUCAAAGAUAAAUGUAGACCUAAGAAGGAGUCGUGAUACUAGAGACUGUCGAUGGUGUCGAAGGCUGACAGCGGAAGAAAAGUUGCACCAUCGGCAGAGUUGCCUAACCGGGAUAU